CCUGACAGCCUGCGGUCUGCCUCCGCACGCACACACAAUAACGCGGCACUACAUUUUAAUGAGACAGAAAAGAGGAGAAAUAUGCCAAGCCGUGGGACGACUUAAAUCUAGUGGAUUGAGCAAUAGAAUGCAAAUAAAACUGUGUGUGUUUCUACACAUACAUUUGUGCCGGAUACAUUCAUAUAUGCGGGAUAGUUUCUGUUGUUCGGGACUUUGAAUUGAGUAAUGCCUAAUGGGCAAACACACACUUGGAUUUCUGCUUAUAACAAAGGGAACUGCCGCAAGAAAACGAAUUAAGUGAGGAUUUUUUUCAUCAUUAGUUCCAAAGAAAGUUGAAACUAACAUCAAACGGGCAUUUGGGUUUAACUUUACGACGUAUUUACACUGACAUUGGCAGUUUGUUUAUCUGCAUAUUUUCAUUACCGGGCGAACCAAAUGCAGAGAGAAAGAUGCAUUUGGGAAAGGCUUUGCUGUUUGUCCUCCUCCUCAACUGCGCGACUUUGAGCUCAUCUCUUUCAACUUGUGCCACUGUGGAUAUCGACCACGUAAAAAGGAAGAGGGUCGAGGCGAUACGAGGUCAGAUUUUGAGCAAACUCCGACUGACAAGUCCUCCACACUCCCUCGGACCGAGUGACGUCCCUUAUCAGAUCCAAGCGUUGUAUAACAGCACCAAGGAGCUUCUGGAGGAGCUGCGGAGGGACCGGCAGCAGAGCUGCGGUCAGGACAACACAGAGACAGAGUACUAUGCCAAGGAGAUAUACAAAUUCAACAUGGUCUACGGACCGCCAGAAAGCAACGAUCUUCUUUACUGCCCAAAAGGCAUCACCUCUAAGGUUUUCCGCUUCAACGUCUCUGCCAUGGAAAGGAACUCUACCAACCUCUUCAGAGCGGAGUUUCGAGCUCUGAGGGUGCCAAACUCAAGCUCCAAGAGGAACGAACAGCGGAUCGAGCUCUACCAGAUCGUGAGGCCAAACGAACACAUUAGGAAACAACGGUACAUUGCAGCCAAGAACGUGCUGACCAAAGGAACUCCAGAGUGGGUCUCCUUUGAUGUGACUGAAACCGUGCGGGAGUGGUUGACAAACAGAGGAAGCAAUCUUGGUUUGGAAAUCAGUGUGCACUGUCCCUGCCACACCUUCAACCCAAAUGGUGACAUCAUUGACAACGAGAACGAGGUGCUGGAGGUGAAGUUCAAAGGCGUGGAUGGAGAUGACGAGCAGAGUCGCUUGGAUCUGGAUCACCUGAAGAAGAAAAAGGACCGGUACCUGCCUCACCUUAUCCUCAUGAUGAUCCCCCCCCACCGCCUGGAAACUCAGACCACACGCCGACGCAAGAGAGCGCUGGACACAAACUACUGUUUCUCAAACACGGAGGAGAACUGCUGUGUACGUAAGCUCUACAUUGAUUUCCGGCGUGACUUGGACUGGAAGUGGAUCCAUGAGCCGAGUGGUUACGAUGCCAACUACUGCUCCGGGCCCUGCCCAUACCUGAGGAGCUCCGAUACAACACACAGCUCGAUGCUGAGCCUGUACAACACUCUAAACCCCGAGGCAUCGGCCUCCCCAUGCUGUGUCCCUCAGGACCUGGAGCCCCUCACAAUACUCUACUACUCUGGACGGACCCCCAAAGUGGAGCAGCUUUCCAACAUGAUCGUCAAGUCUUGCAAGUGUAGCUGAGAAGACGUGAAAGGCGAGGUAGUGUGGCACGAUUUUACCAGGAACUGACGAAAGAAACCCAUGCUCGUUGACUUUUGGACUCUUAGCUGUGACAAAUACUUAAACUGACCCUGUGGCAUCAUGGCUUAGAUCUGAACACCACUGGAGGUCACACAGGAUGCAGAUAUUCCUAAAAACUUGAGGUCAUCACUUCUUUCCUUUUUUUUUGGGAGGUGAUAAUAAGUAGAUAUUUUUAUCUUAAGAACUCCAAAACAAAUGCCAUCUUGCAAUUAAGAAUUUCAUUUAGUUCAAGUCAGAAUAACAAACAUCUUUUUGUUUCUUCUGGCCGCACCUAUGAUAUUUAGUGGUCUUUUUUUUGAUCACUUACAGAAAUUGCCAGUAAUUAUUUGCCCCAGAAAUGUAGCCAUAAAACCCAGAUUCUAAUACUGCAAAUGCAAGGGCUCGAUCGCCAUUGGUUACCUCAUUUGGCAUUGAUAGUUGUCUAAAUCUUUAAAAUUAAAACGUCAAAUAUUUUCUUCUAGAUUUUUGAGGGUGGACAACAUAAUCCUAAAGGGAGCUGCUUCCUGGAUAAUGGAUGAACAAGACUCAUUUUGUGAUAUAUUCUCUGCUUCAGAGUUCAAGCAAGUAUUGCAAACAGCUUUAGUCUCUACAUUUUCAGUAAAGCAGCUUUCAUGCCUUUAGACUUCGGAUGAUAUAGUUUAUAGUCACAAAUAAAGAUUGUGCUCUACUGAACGGUUGAAAAGUCCCUUCAGGCUGGAUUUUACCUUGACUUUGCCUUGAGUUCCCUUCCCUUCAAACAGUGAACAUUAUCUUCAAACACAAAAGGAGAAAGGACAGACUUGCUGCUGUAUCCAAAGCCAUAGCUGUGGUCAGGGAAAAGGAGAGCUGAGAGAAUGCCUGCUGGAUUUGCAAUGGAAAGUGAAUGAACAAAGAAGUUGAGCCAAGCUUUUCUUAUUUUGGCCAGCCAGCAGCAAUGGCCUAUUUUUUUUUUUUUGCGGUGCAUCUACAGUAUUAGAAUGGAUGGAAGAAGAAGAGAAGGAGGAGGAGACCUGUGAGGAAGAGAAGAACUGUGAUGGAAACAAGCCAUGAGCACUCUGCCAUUCACUGGAAGUUCUCAUCUCUAACAGGUUCAAAUUAUUUAUGGGACAUCAAAGAAUAUACUGGAAAAGAACAUGUGUUAUGCAACAGGUUUUUAUGGGAUUUCUUUUACAUUAAUAGCAGAUUUGGUCUGUUAUUUCACUUGUCAUAUAGUGAUUGUUUCACUAACUGGGGCAACAAUUCACGUGUAUCUCCAUUGGUGGAAAUACUUAUAUAAUAGGGUAUCGUUUCAUUUCCUUGUGAUUUAGAAGCUUUUUGUCUAUGUUUGUCUGUGAUCCAGUAUAUAUCUGCCCAAAGUCUCUAUGACUAUUGCCAGAAAGUUUAAUAGGAGCCCUUUUUCUCUGGCAAUAAUAGGAAAUGGCAUGCAGCCAUUUAAAAAAAAAUGAUACUCAACUAUCAACUCACCUGUCACUCCAGCCAGCGUCAAGGAAUCACAUGUGAAGUCAGGACCAGAAACACUGCAGUCUUUCAUUCCCUCUGCUCCGUCUCUGUUUGUUUUGGUGCUCUUUAACAGUGUAAAGCCCUAAUGGAACAAAAAAUGAAGAGGGAGGGGAAAAUAAGUCUUUACAUGGCUUGAUGUACAGUCGAUUUUUCUCAGAGGCAGGAGAACGAUCCUAAAUCCCUGUUCUGUUUGCCCACUCAGAGCCAUCUUACCUUUAGAUGACAUUUAAGUGACGUUUUUGACAGUAAUGUUGUUUGAUUGACUUGUUGAUCGUGAUUGUUAUUAAAAACACACCAUGCAUAACCUGUAUGAGCCAUUUUUAAAUCUUAGGAAUCCCUCCAGCUUUGCAUCCCAUUAAUGAUAUAAUCAAAUGUAAUGGAUCUGUUCAAACAUUUAACAACUUGGGAACUGAUGAAUUUACCCACUGGUCCUGUCUGCCAUGUUGAAAUGCCAUUUAAAAUGCUAUUUUCUCAUAAUGUUUUGGUUCCAACGAACAUAAUUCUUCUCACUUGAAUCUCACCAGUCCCACCUGUUUCCUGCAGGCGCAUGCAGAGGCUUUUUUUUUUUUUUUUUU